CCGUCCCAACCACGGAAACAUGGAACAGCAACAUGACAGUUUGUCAUAAUAGAUUUAAAGCGGCACUCUUGGGUUUAUUUUGUAACACUUCACGAGCGGAGCUUGCUGCGGUCAAGCGGUGACAAUGCGGCGGUCAGCGACGUAGACGCUGGAAAUGAGGAGAGUUCGGCCUCUGUUCUACUAGUCCACCUGUUUGUGUCGGAGCACAACACACAGAGGAGCGAGUGUUUAGGUGGUCAUGGGGUCUCCAGCACGCCUCCUACUUUCUCUUCUCCUGUUCUUCUUGGAAGAAACACAUUUGCAGGUUAAUGGAGUCAAGUCCGUCACCCUCCCAGAAUCCCUUCUGUUCAUCUCCACGCUGGAUGGAAGUCUGCAUGCCGUCUCCAAACAGACCGGAGACAUCAAGUGGACCUUACGAGAAGACCCCAUCAUUCAAGUGCCUGUUUACCUCACAGAGCUGGGUUUCCUCCCAGACCCCAAUGAUGGCAGUUUGUAUGUUCUUGGUGGAAAGCACAAGGAAGGCCUGAUGAAACUGCCUUUCACCAUCCCAGAGCUGGUUCAGUCCGCUCCAUGCAGAAGUUCUGAUGGCGUCCUUUAUACAGGAAAAAAACACGAUGCGUGGUUUGUAGUGGAUCCUGAAACGGGCGAGAAGCAAACAAGUUUAACCACCUCGUCCUCGGAGUCCAUCUGUCCCAACACUCCUUUACUCUACAUAGGACGAACAGAAUAUAUGCUCACCAUGUUUGAUACGAAAACACAAGAGCUGCGAUGGAACGCCACGUACAACGAUUACUCGGCUCAUCCUUAUGAUGAGAAGCAAGACUACAAAAUGGCCCACCUGGUCUCCAGCGGCGACGGUCUAGUUGUGACAGUUGACAGAGAGACAGGUGACGUCCUGUGGACUCAGAACUACGGUUCACCUGUCGUAGGGGUUUAUCUGUACUACGAGGACUCCCUGAGACAUGCCCCUCACAUGUCCCUCGCCAUGGAAACGCUGCGUUUCCUCACUUUCUCCUCUGCCAAAGAUCAAGCUGAAGCACACUCCACCUUAAAGUGGAGCUACCAGUUUGUGAAGGAGCAAGCCAGUGCACAAACACAACUAGUUCCAACUCUCUACGUUGGAAAAUUAGACUCCCACCUCUACGCUUCCACUUCACUGGUGCACCGUGGGGUCUCAUUAGUGCCUCGAGGACUGAUGCUAGGUCGGAUCGAGGGUCCGGUGACGGCUGGAGUGACGGUCAGUCAUAGAGGGGAGUGUGAGAUCACACCAUCCACUGAUGUGCAGUAUCCACCGGGGAGCACACACAGCCAGAAGAACCACUGGCUGCUAAUCGGUCACCACGAGCUUCCUCCAGUGGCCCACACCACCAUGCUGAGGGAUUUCCCAGCAAACCUGCAGAGUUCUGGAGAAGUGGUCAUCCCCCCUCAAUCUCCCGCCUCUCCAGUCUCCCCUGCAUCCUCCUACUAUCAGCGCUAUUUCCAGACGGGUUCUGGAAGCCACAACAAACCAUCUGAUGAAAAAACAAUGAGACGUGCUGAUAACCCGUCCUCCAUGCUGCCUGUAUAUGUGACUCAGGACCGUCUGACACUGACGGUCAUCACAGUCCUGCUGGGAGGAUGGCUCAUCCUGAUGCUCACAAUUCCGUUUCGUAAAGCCCAACAGCUGAGAGCUCAGAGGCAGCUGGAGGAGGAGUUGGAGACCCACCUGCAGCGGAUGCAGACGAACAGUCAGACUAUGGUUUCUGCAGACAGCAGCCAGGUCACGGAUGCCAGCGUCACAAGCAGCUCUCCGUCAGCAUCAAACCAUGUUACACCAAAUGGCCACAGUCACAUCAGAAACCAGCCAGAUGCAGAUAAAAACAGAUCAGCUGAUCACAAACCCACAGAGGCAGAAGGAAACAAUGAAGUACUGGUGGGUAAAAUCUCCUUCGCUCCCUCUGAAGUACUGGGACACGGCACAGCUGGGACAUUUGUCUUCAGGGGCAAGUUUGAUGGGCGCCACAUUGCUGUGAAGCGAAUCCUGCCGGAGUGUUUUGAGGUGGCCGAGCGGGAGGUGCAGCUUCUCCGGGAGUCCGACACGCAUCCAAAUGUGAUCCGAUACUUCUGCACAGAGAGAGACCGCCUCUUCACUUACAUCGCCAUCGAGCUGGGUGCUGCAACGCUGCAACAGUACGUGGAGGAUCCAUCUUGUUUUUCUGAGCUGAGUCCUAUAACUCUUCUGGAACAGACCAUGUGUGGCCUCUCUCACCUCCACUCACUCAAUAUAGUCCAUCGAGAUCUGAAGCCAAGGAACAUUCUGCUCUCCGGGCCGAACUCUCUGGGUCAAGUCCGAGCUCUCAUCUCAGACUUUGGACUCUGUAAGAAGAUCCCGGAUGGUCAGAAGAGCUUCUCUUUGAGGUCUGGAAUCCCGGGAACCGAAGGAUGGAUUGCUCCAGAAGUGCUGCGAAACACACCUGGAAGUAAACCAACAUCAGCGGUGGACGUGUUCUCAGCGGGCUGUGUGUUUUAUUACGUGGUCAGCAGGGGGCAGCACCCCUUUGGUGAUGCAUUGAGACGGCAGAUCAACAUCCUGGCAGGAGAGUAUUCCCUCUCCGACUUUAUGGAGGAUAUUCACGAUGAUGUCAUAGCAAAAGAUCUGAUUGAACAAAUGAUCGAUGCUGAUGCAGAGUCACGCCCCUCCACCGCCUGUGUGCUCAAACAUCCGUUCUUCUGGAGCCCGGAGAAGCAGCUGCUCUUUUUCCAGGAUGUGAGUGACCGAAUAGAGAAGGAGCCAGCUGACAGUCCUGUAGUGGUCAGACUGGAGACGGCAGGAAGGACGGUGGUCCGAACCAACUGGAGGAUGCACAUCUCUGGGCCUCUACAGACAGACUUGAGGCGUUUCAGGACGUAUAAAGGAAACUCUGUGAGAGAUCUGCUACGAGCCAUGAGAAAUAAGAAGCAUCACUACCACGAGCUGCCGCUGGACGUGCGGGAGACUCUGGGUGAGCUGCCAGAAGGAUUUGUCAUCUACUUCACCUCUCGGUUUCCACGGUUACUGAUGCACACACACACUGCUUUACAUAUCUGCGCUCAUGAGAGGCUGUUUCUCCCCUACUAUCUGCCACCCAAAGCCAAUUAGCUUUCACAUGACAGCACCCCGUUAUUGCUUUUGUAAAGCCUGUGCUGCUGUUUAAGGGGAUUACAGCGCUGUGAAAAUGUUGUUUAUAUCUUAGGUUGUUUUUAUAGAUUCAUUAUAUUGUAUUUUAUUUGACCCUUUUUAUUAUUUAUUAUAAAGACAGUUUUAACUAUUGGCUUCUGGGAAAUUUUGUUUCUGGGAAACAACACUGAAGACGUAAAUGUAUUAGCAAUAGAGCUAAAUCCAGACUGAAAAUGUUGCAGUGACAGUGGAGUGAUUUUAAAACCUAUUUAAAAAAAUAAAAAUAAUAAACAUAAAAUGACGUGCUCCAGACAGACAAAUGAUCGGUUUUUACUAACAAUAACAAUUAGAAGAUGCUAACUAAGCUGAGCUUCAGCUUGCUUUUAAUUACCAUAAUACUCGGUUGUCAGGAUUGGGUCAUAAAAUUAAGACCAAAUUCAAAACAACAAAUGUUGUAAUUCAGCUUAACAAACUUGGCUGAAAGAGAGAGAUGUGAUCUACUUUUGAGAUCUCUAGUGUGGAUUUAAACAUGCAAACUUUGUUGCAGGCCUGUGGGAAGUUCAGUCACUGAACUUUAAAGAAAAAAGAGAAAACAGCUGUUAUUUAAUAAGUGUUGGAUGAUUGCAUGUCAGAAAACAUAAAGUAUUGUCUGGUUACUCCAUUAAACAUCUCUGGCUUCUGUUGCUGCUUUUCCCAUCUGUACCAGAGACGUCACAAUAUUUAUCAGUCGUGUGUGUGUGUGUGUGUGUGUGUGUGUGUGUGUGUGUGUGUGUGUGUUGGGAUGGUAGCUACACCUUUGCUCUGAUGAAACAGAACAUCCCGGUAUCAGAUCACAGAUGUAACAAUUUGCUGCUGAACAUCUGAUUUUUGAUCCUGUCUGCAGCAGAUGGAUGUGAACCUGACCCACUGGGUCACUAUUCUGCUGCACUUUUAUGUCCUGUUACUGUUUAAUGCUAUUUGUCUUUAUAUAGAGUGAAUGAUAAAAGUUGUACUUUUGUACUCAAAUUUUUUUGAAGGGUUGAAUAAAACCAAUGCUCUGGGUGUGCCAUAGAAUAAAUGAGUUUCUUUCACUUGUUAA